AUGUCAAGCCGGCUAGCAUUCGUAAGGUCCCUCAAACUCGUUGAGUCUCUGACACUCGAUUCGCCCGCUGCCAAAGUUGUCGCUGGUAGCCUUGCUUCCUUUACCCCUGAGCUGAGUACUCAACAGAUGCAUGACGUCCAAAACUCCACUUUGUUGGCUCAGCUGGCGGCAACCAAGAAGUUCCCUGACAAAAGGGAUGUCGGAUACUGGUACCAAUUUUACUUCGAUGUGCUAAGCAAUGUGGGCUGGGAUAUGCAAAAGUUCGGCUUCGACGAGUACAAGUCUCAUCAGGCUUCUUUCAAGUUAUCCGAGGUAACUUUGGAGCUUUUGAGCGCACUGGUGGGUAACGACAAGCAACUGUUGACAGUCGUAAAGGAAACCUUGGAUAGCUUCGCUAAGUCGCCACAAGGCCUAACUCUGUUCGCAGAUAAUAGUGCAUCAGAGCAACAUGGUCUUUUCCAAAUCCUUCCAUGCACAGUUAUGAAUGGCCAAGUCAGCCUUGCUUCAAUUGCUGCCUAUUUUAAGGCCAGUCAGGUGUCGGACGACUACUUAUUCUCCAACUACAAUUCCCAAGAUAUAACUUUGCACAAGGCAACUCAAGUCAUCACCCUAGACGAGGAGGUGUAUGGGAAAGUUCGCCAAGAAAUCAUCGACAAGUUGGGCCCAAACGCCUAUCAAUACGUCAAAAAUUUGCCAGUAUAGACUGAUUAAACUGAUUCUUAAAAUCGGCUGCGAACUGUACAUUGCUUUGAACUGAUUGUUCGUUCUCGAUCA